UAAAAAUCAACAUUCUGAGUUUCAAUUGGCAUCUUCACCUCACACUCUCAACGUCUCUAUAAACAACGAUGAAACCGCCACUGCCACCGCCCGUCAUUUUCUGCUUUCUGCUCUUAGUCUCCACCGUCAACGCCGCCGCCUCCAUAGCUACCAAGCCCACUACUAUUCCUGCGGCCCCCAUUGAAGUUUCUCCAACUCCAUCUCCUACCUCUGCCCCACCUCAAGCUCGGCCGUUACUCCCACCGACAUCGCCGUCGCCUUCUUCUUCAAACUCUCUUGACCCAAAGCAACUUAGAGCUUUGCAAUCGCUCAAUAUCCCCACCUUCAAGGACCCCUGCAAGCAACCUUCACUUCAUAACGCCACCGUUUGCGAUUCCUCCGAGCCGUUUCGCCACCUUGUAUUCCUACGCCUGGCUAAUUGCUCCGACGAUGUUGCUUUGUCAUUCACAGCUCUUAAAUCCCUCUCCACUCUCAGAUCUCUUGAAUUUGUUGAUUGUCCCAUUUCCCCCAUUCGCUUCCCUGCCGAUCUGGUUGCCUCUCUCCGAUCCUUCACUUGCACUAGUAGCCUCCGUAGGCUCACCGGCGUUUGGCUUAGUCGUCUUGAGAACCUAACCGAUCUCUCUGUUUCCAAUGUCCCUGUUAAUGCCUCCGGUCCUUACGUCAUACUUGGUAAAAUGAAUAUCAUCAAGUCCGUGACCGUUUCCAAUGCGAAUCUCACGGGUUUCUUUCCCAGACAUUUGAAUCACAACCUCACCCACAUUGAUUUUUCGGGUAAUAUGCUCAAGGGAAAGCUACCCACUUCGAUUACUCUACUGGAGAAUCUUGAAUCUCUGAAUCUAGCUUCUAAUUCGUUCACUGGCGAGAUACCCACUUCAGUUGGGGACUUGAUAUCGCUUCAGAACUUGUCGUUGGCAUCGAAUUCGUUUUCGGGAUCGAUCCCAGAAUCAAUUUCGGCAAUUCCUGGAUUGGUUCACCUCGAUCUGAGCUCAAAUCAGUUCAAUGGAACAAUUCCGAGCUUCCUUUCAGAGAUGAAGAGCUUAAAGUAUCUGAAUCUUGAGAACAACCAAUUUCAUGGGGUAAUGCCCUUCAAUGGGUCAUUCUUGAAAAGGUUGGAAACUUUUAGGAUAAAGGGGAAUAGCAAUCUUUGCUACAACCAUUCAAUUCUAUCAUCCAAACUGAAGCUUGGGAUAGCUCCUUGCGAUAGACACGGGCUUCCAUUAUCGCCACCGCCAGCUAAGGAUGAUUCGUCAGCUGAUGAAAACAGCGACUACGAUGACAGUGAUGGAGAUGAUUCCAGCACCCACCAUAAGGAGUCUCAUAAUGGACCAAAUAAAGUUGUGCUUGGAGUCGCAAUUGGCCUUUCUUCCAUAAUUUUUCUCAUUAUUUUUCUGGUUUGUAUGUCCAAGUGUUGUCGUUGAAAGUGAAGAUCAAUUGGUUUUACUCUUAGAGUAGAAUUUUUUUUUUUGGUUAGAAGUAAUAGUAAAGAAUUCAUGCGAGGCAUAUAAGCAUUGUAAAUGUAGGGGUAGGACAAUUUGGUUGGUGUUUGUUCUUUAUUUCAGUGGAUUGGUUUCAAUUAUUUGGAGGGAAGAGGAUUUUCAGUGCGGCAUGUUUUGAUGUAUUCAUUUUAGGUGUUAUCGACAUCAUUUCUUUCGCUUUUGGUUUUUUCCUAUUAUGACUUGAUUUGCUGUAUUGUCUCAAUAAAAUCUAUUAUGUUCAGUGUUUCAA